AUGGUCGUGGACGUGGACAUGGACGUGGACGUGGACGUGGACAUGGACGUGGACUGGACGUGGACGUGGACUGGACGUUUGACCGUGGACGUGGUCGUGGUCGUGGUCGUGGACGUGGACGUGGACGUGGACGUGGACCCUGGACGUGGACGUGGGACGUGGGACGUGGACGUGGACCGUGGACAUGGUCGUGGACGUGGACGUGGACGUGGACGUGGACCGUGGACAUGGUCGUGGACGGUACGUGGACAUGGACGUGGACGUGGACAUGGACGUGGACGUGGACGUGGACUUGGACAUGGACGUGGACGUGUUGGACUGGACGUGGACGUGGACGUGGACGUGGGUGGACGUGGACCUGGACGUGGACCUGGACGUGGACGUGGACCUGGACGUGGCAUGGACGUGGACGUGGACGUGGACGUGGACGUAGACCUGGUCGUGGACGUGGACGUGGACGUGGACGUGGAACGUGGACAUGGUCGUGGACGUGGGACGUGGACGUGGACGUGGACGUGGACCUGGACGUGGACGUGGUGGACGUGGACGUGGACGUGGACGUGGACGUGGACGUGGACGUGGACGUGGCGUGGACGUGGACGUGACGUGUGGACGUGGACGGGGACGUGGACGCGGACGUGGACGUGGACGCGGACGUGGACGUGGACGUGGACGUGGACGUGGACGUGGACCUGGACGUGGACGUGGACCUGGUCGCGGACGUGGACUGGACGUGGACAUGGACGUGGACAUGGACGUGGACCUGGACAUGGUCGUGGACGUGACGUGGACGUGGACGUGGACCGUGGACAUGGUCGUGGACGUGGACGUGGACGUGGACAUGGACGUGGACGUGGACUGGACAUGGUCUUGGACGUGUGCCGUGGACGGUGGACGUGGACGUGGACGUGGACGUGGACGUUGACGUUGGACGUGGACGUGGACGUGGUCGUGGACGUGGACGUUGACGACGUGGACGUGGACGUGGACAUGGACGUGGACGUGGACGUGGACGUGAAUGGACGUGGACGUGGACGUGGACGUGGACAUGGACGUGGACGUGUUGACGUGGACGUGGACGUGGACGUGGACGUGGACGUGGACGUGGACCUGGACGUGGACGUGACAUGGACGUGGACGUGGACGUGGACAUUGACGUGGACGUGGACGUUGACUGGACGUGGACGUGGUCGUGGUCGUGGACGUGGACCUGGACGUGGACGUGGACCUGGACGUGGACGUGGACGUGGACGUGGACGUGGACGUGGACGUGGACGUGGACGUGGACGUGGACUGGACGUGGACAUGGUCGUGGACGUGGACAUGGACGUGGACGUGGACGUGGACAUGGACGUGGACGUGGACGUGGACUUGGACAUGGACGUGGACGUGUGGACGUGGACGUGGACGUGGACGUGGACCGGUGGACGUGGACGUGGACGUGGACGUGGACGUGGACGUGGACGUGUGGAACGCGGACGGCGGACGUGGACGGACGUGGACGCGGACGUGGUCGUGGACGUGGACGCGGACGUGGACCUGGACGUGGACGUGGACGUGGACCUGGACGUGGACGUGGACCUGGUCUGGACGUGGUCGUGGACGUGGUCGUGGACGUGGUCCGUGGACGUUGGACGUGACGUGGACGUGGACAUGGUCGUGGACGUGGACGUGGACGUGGACAUGGACGUGGACGUGGACGUGGACGUGGACGUGGACGUGGUCGUCGAGGAGGAGAUGGACGUGGACGUGGACGUGGACGUGGACGUGGACGUGGACAUGGACGUGGACGUUGACGUGGACGUGGACAUGGACGUGGACGUGUGGACGUGGAACGUGGACGUGGACGUGGACGUGGACUGGGGUGUGGACGUGGACGUGGACGUGGACGUGGACGUUGACGUGGACGUGGACGUGGACGUGGACGUGGGACGUGUGGACGUGGACGUGGACGUGGACGUGGACGUGGACGUGGACGUGGACGUGGACGUAGACAUGGACGUGGACGUGGACGUGGACGUGGGCGUGGACGUGGUCGUGGACGUGGACGUGGACAUGGUCGUGGACGUGGACGUGGACGUGGACAUGGACGUGGACGUGGACGUGGACGUGGACAUGGACGUGGACGUGGACGUGGACGUGAACAUGGACGUGGAGGUGGACGUGGAGGUGGACGUGGACGUGGACGUGGACGUGGACGUGGACGUGGACGUGGAAGUGGACGUGGACGUGGACGUGGACGUGGACGUGGACGUAGACAUGGACGUGGACGUGGACGUGGACGUGGACGUGGACGUGGACGUGGACGUGGACGUGGACAUGGACGUGGCAUGGAACGUGGACGUGGACGUGGACGUGGACGUGGACGUGGACAUGGACGUGGACGUGGACGUGGACGUGGACAUGGACAUGGACGUGGACUGGACAUGGACGUGGACGUGUGGACGUGGAUGUGGACGUGGACGUGGACGUGGACGUGGUCGUGGACGUGGUCGUGGCGUGGACGUGGACGUGGACGUGGACGUGGACGUGGACAUGGUCGUGGACGUGGACGGGGACGUGGACGUGGACAUGGACGUGGUCGUGGACGUGGUCGUGGACGUGGACGUGGACGUGGACGUGGACGUGGACGUGGACGUGGUCGUGGACGUGGUCGUGGACGUGGACGUGGACGUGGACGUGGACGUGGACGUGGACGUGGACAUGGACGUGGACGUGGACGUGGACGUGGACGUGGACGUGGACAUCGUCGUGGACGUGGACGUGGACGUGGACGUGGACGUGGACGUGGACGUGGACAUGGACGUGGACGUGGACAUGAUGGACGUGGACGUGGACGUGGACGUGGACCUGGACGUGGACGUGGACGUGGACGUGGACGUGGACGUGGAACGUGGACCUGGACGUGGACGUGGACCUGGACGUGGACGUGGACGUGGUCAUGGACGUGGUCGUCGACGUGGACGUGGACGUGGACGUGGAUGUGGACGUGGACGUGUGGACGUGGACGUGGACGUGGACGUGGUCGUGGACGUGGUCGUGGACGUGGUUGUGGACGUGGACGUGUACGUGGACGUGGACGUGGACGUGGACGUGGACGUGGUCGUGGACGUGGUCGUGGACGUGGACGUGGACGUGGGCGUGGACGUGGACGUGGACGUGGACCUGGAGAUGGACGGGGACGUGGACGUGGACGUGGACGUGGACGUGGACGUGGACAUGAUCGUGGACGUGGACGUGGACGUGGACGUGGACGUGGACUUGGACAUGGUCGUGGACGUGGACGUGGACGUGGACAUGGACGUGGACAUGGACGUGGACGUGGACGUGACACGUAACUUGGACGUGGACGUGAACGUGGACGUGGACGUGGAAGUGGACAUGGACGUGGACGUGGACGUGGACGUGGACGUGGACAUGGUCGUGGACGUGGACGUGGACCUGGUCGUGGACGUGGACGUGGACGUGGACGUGGACAUGGACGUGGACAUGGACGUGUAG